CAUCUUUAACAUUUUGCAUUCUGUCAAUGUCUAUUUAAAGCAGUAAUUUGUAUUUAUUAGUUAAAAUAAUUUUCAUUCAUUAUGGCUGCUUUAAUACGUUUUCAUAGAUGUGCAUUACGUAGUUUUCUUUCCUCUCACAAUACUGCUAGAUUCAUAUCUACUUCAAAGAAAAAUCGUGAUACUGUCACUACAAAUUAUGAAACUACAGCCACAGAUAAACCAAACGAAGUUAUUAAAAAGAACUGGGUCAGUUAUGGAUUUGAUUGGAAAGAUGAGAAAGAGGAUCUCAAUGUUAUGCACAACACAUUCUUUUUUGCUAUAACUUUAUGUACCAUUGUCGGCGGUUUUGUAUGGACAUACCUACCGGACCCUCAGAUGAGAGAUUGGGCACAGCGUGAAGCAUUCUUAGAAUUACGAAGAAGAGAAGAAUUAGGAUUACCUUUAAUUGACAAAAAUCUAAUAGAUCCUAGCCUCAUACAGCUACCAACUGAUGAAGAACUUGGAGACACAGAGAUAAUUAUAUAA